UUCUUUCAAUGAGAGCCGGAGUGAAAAAACGCAGCAAUGACAUUCGAUUGGCAAACGCGGCAGCCGUGCGCAGCUACAAGGAGCACAGAAUAACUAUUGUGGGGAUUGGUGAUUGAAAACGCAACUGUUUGCGAGCAACCAGGCAAGGAGACAGAUGUAAUUUUCAUAUGGUACAGAUGGUUCAGUGCCACGGGGCGCUGUAUGGAUUGUUUGUGCUACCAGUCGUUCAACAUCAGCCACAGCCACCAGCGAUUCCAAAUUACUUAGGAAUUUUGGACGGCUGUCUGAGAAGGAUAUCGGCGCAGAACUACGCCGGAGUGCCAUGUGUUUAGAAGCGGCAUAGAAGAGCUUUGUGGUCUGUUUUCCACCGUGGACAGGUGCUGUUGUGUGUGUUAGGGGGUAGUUGGGAUACAGACACACAACCCGCGAGACAGUUGUCUUAAGGAUGUCACGCCGGCGUAUGGGAACAGUUCUGGACAGAGACAGGUGCGACUGAAAGGAGUAGUUUACUGACGGCUUUAAUAUCACAGUUGAAGAGAGCCGCGAACACACUACCUUUCAUCAACCAGUCUGGAUUUUAGUCCAGGAGAAGCGGGACUGUAAGGAGUCGUGAAUUCAAAGACCCCGCACCCGGCGCACCAUUUACGCGACAGUUACUGAGGUCCUGUGUCCGGCGGCUAUGACGACCCUUAGUCCACCCCUGCUGCUGCUGCUGCUGUGUUGGCUCCUGCAUCUGGCCAGCACCACAUUCCCCGAGGAGCCUGGACCCUUGAACUCCAUCCCUUCCGAAGUGGUACGACGGCAUCCUGUUUUUUUGGGUCGAGCUCAUCGUUCUUCGCUGAGGCUGGAGCCGCUGCAUAUUCAGAGGAUCCUGAAGGUCAACAGGACGCUCUACAUCGGAGCCAGGGAUGACUUGUUCCGCGUGGAGCUGGAUAACGUGAUGGGGGACGAGAUGUUCUACAGCAAGAAGAGAACCUGGGAGUCCAAUAAAAAUGACAUCCGAGUGUGCAGGAUGAAGGGCAAGCAUGAGGACGAGUGCCGGAAUUUCAUCCGAGUUCUGCUGAGCCGUCAGGACGGGCUGUUUGUGUGCGGGACCAACGCCUUCAACCCUCUGUGUGCCAACUACACCGGCGAUACCCUGGAGAUGCUGGGCGACCCCGUCAGCGGGAUGGCCCGGUGCCCGUACGACCCGAAACAUGCCAACGUGGCCAUCUUCGCAGAGGGGAAUCUGUUCACUGCCACCGUCACCGACUUCCUGGCCAUUGACGCGGUGAUUUACCGCAGCCUGGGGGACAGCCUGGCUCUGCGCACCGUCAAACACGACUCCAAGUGGUUCCGAGAGCCAUAUUUCAUCAGUGCAGUGGAAUGGGGCCCUCACAUCUAUUUUUUCUUCCGAGAAAUCGCCAUGGAGUUCAACUACCUGGAGAAAGUGAUGGUGUCCCGCGUGGCCCGUGUGUGUAAGCGGGACCUGGGCGGUUCCCAGCGCGUCCUGGAGAAGCAGUGGACGUCGUUCCUGAAGGCGCGGCUCAACUGCUCGGUGCCGGGAGACUCGCACUUCUACUUCAACAUGCUGCACUCCACCAGCCCCGUCAUCAGCAUGCACGGCCGAGACAUCAUCCUCGGGGUCUUCUCCACACCAUCAAACAGUAUUCCGGGUUCAGCUGUGUGUGCUUUCGAUAUGGAGCAGCUGGCCGGUGUGUUCGACGGCCGGUUCAAGGAGCAGAAGUCCCCGGAAUCCAUCUGGACCCCCUUUCCCGACGAGCUCCUCCCCAAACCCAGGCCCGGAGGUUGCGCUGGCCUCGGCUCCAAGUACAACUCGUCCAACUCCUUCCCGGACGAGAUGCUGACCUUCGUCAAGACCCACCCCCUGAUGGACGAGGCCGUGCCCUCGCUGGGUCAGAGGCCCUGGAUAGUGAGGACCAUGGUCAGGUACCAGCUGAACAAGAUGGUGGUGGACACCGAGGCCGGGCCGUACCGGAAUCGCACCGUUCUCUUCUUGGGUUCCAGCCGCGGAACCAUCCUCAAGUUCCUCAUCUUACCGAACUCUGACAACACGGUGACCACUGGAAACAUCCUCCUGGAGGAACUGGAGGGCUUCAGCGCCGACAAGUGUGGAGAGGACUCUCCCCAGGCACGGCAGCUGCUCUCACUGAUCCUGGACCGUCCGAGCCACACCCUGCUGCUGGCCUUCCCCUCCUGUGUGGUGAGGGUGCCUGUGGCCCGAUGCCAGCUCUACUCACGCUGCAUGAAGAACUGCAUCGCCUCGCGAGACCCCUACUGCGGCUGGACCCGAGGCAGCACCUGCUCCUUCCUGCGGCCCGGAACGAGGAUACCGUUUGAGCAAGACGUGGAACAGGGGAACACUUCCCACCUGGGGGACUGUGACGGUCUUCUCCAGGAGAGCUUCAUCGAGGAGCCUGACGGUCUGGUGUCCCUGAACCUGCUGGUGGUGUCCGCAGUUUCGGCCUUCUCCACCGGGGCGGUGCUGUCGGGCCUGAUGGUGUGCUGGAUCAUGAGCCACAAGCACCGGCAGUGCCAGCGCCGGGCCGGCUCCGGUCGCCCGCGGGGCAAAGGGGACAAGGAGCAGAGCGUGCUGGGCCAGGGCCGCAGCGGGUCCGUGAUGAGCGUGACGCGGGGCAGCGGCGGAGACCGUCCGCGCUCGCAGCUGGAGAACCCCUUUGCCGUGCACAACGGGCUGCCCACGCCCGAGCAGACGCCGCAGCAGCAGAAGCGGCCGUCGCCCAACGUGCACCUGUCCGAGCUGGACUGGGAGCAGGGCCAGCCGGUGCUGACCGCCGUGGGCACCCCCUGCCCCCCCGGCAGCACGGCCGUCAUCUUCCAGAGACACAAGUACCCGCAGGGCAGUGGCAUCGGGCGACACGGCGGAGACGACCUGGGCCCCGACCUGGUGGCGCAGCGGGCCGGCGAGCGCGAGUGCUUCCUCAUCCUCAGCCACAGGGACGCCCCGCAGGGGCGGCAGCCGGCCGGCGUCGUGGCGCGCAACUCGGCGGGCGACUACUACCCGUCCACGCCCCAGGAGUCGCCCGACCGCCGGCGGGUGGUGUCGGCGCCCAACACGCAGGCCGAGUACGCCGGCGAGCCGCGCUGGACCCACGACGGCCUCAACUUCAGCAACAGCAACAACGCUGCCCCCGCAGGCCACCGGCUGCACUACGGCCUCCAGCAGCAGACGCAACAGCAGCAGCAGACGUCGACGCAGUCGCAGCGCCCCACCUCAGCCAUCGUGAGGGGGUCCCACCAUCACCACCAUCACCCCCCACGAGAGCUGUCCGACUACAGCCACCUGCUGGGGGGCAAGGGCGUGGGGGAGCGCACCCCCAACGGCCAGUGAGGACACUAUAACGCAGAGCCAACUCUCUGACACUGCCGAGAAAGAGUCCAUCUUCCUCCCCCCCAACACACAAACACACACACACACACACACCCUUUCAGCCCUCCCAUGUCUCGCUCUGAAUCUCAACUACACCCCCCCUCCCCAAAUCCAGCCUCCCAGACCCCCACUCUCCCAAAUCUAAUCCAGACUCUCAGUGUCCUGUCUCACCCCCUCCUCCUGCCCUAGAGAAUGGCAGUGUGUGUGUGUGUUCACUCUCGCUCUCCCCCCCGAGGCUACACGCACACACUUACACACACACACACACAUACACCCUGUGACUCCACGCUUUGACUGCAGGACUCGGAGAGCCAGUCAGAUCUUCACAGAGAUAAAGCGAAAGAGAGGAGGAGGAGAGAAUGAGAGAGAGAGAGAAAGGAAGGAUGAGAGAGAGAGAGAGAGAUCAUGAGCAAGUGACAGGAAGGAAGUUGGGCUGCCUAAAGGUGGCUCAACCAUUCUUUGGCACUGGGAAAAGACAUGAAACAGCCUCGCACCACAGAGCUGCCAUCAGACGUUUUCUUUUAAGGAUCCGCAAAGGAUCAUGGGAAGGAAGAGGCUCUGUAGGCUCAGUGGAUCACACACGCACACACACACACACACACACACACACACACACACACACACACACACACAGUUCUCGGACAUACUGUACGCAUUCUGUGUGCUGCUUUGAUGGCUGUUUAUCAGUCAGCUCCAGUUGCGGGAGAAAAGGUCUCUCUGUGUGCGCUGCCAUUCUGUGAUGCCUCUCCUCUCAUCUCUCCCCUAUCAGUGUUUCUGUUUGGGCCUGGAGACGGACGGUGGCCAACCACACGCACACACCCUGGGUUUACCAAACCAGCCAGUCUCAUCGCUCACUCUGUGUGUGUGUGUGUGUGUGGUAGCUGUCAAGGUUUGCCCCAGAGGCAUAUGUUUCCCAGCCCAAGUCUGGAGUGAGCUGGGACAAUACACUCAGCACCCUGUCUUAAUGUGAACACAAAAAACACAUACAUACACACACACACAUACACACACACACACACACACACACACACACACACACACACACACACACACACACAUACACGCGCACACACACAGAGACAGUUGUACAAACACUGGAGAUUGUGUAAGCGAAAAAAGCUGCGUUUGAUGUCAGCUGACUAACUUCAUGUGAGGGGGCAAGCGAGACCAGAGGGGAGGCGAAAGGAAAACAGACUCGGAGAAACUGCCAUGUGACUUUAAGCCCUGUGUGCUGUGCA